AUGGACACUGACACAACCACAAUCCCUCCUCCUCCACCAGAGCUGGCCUCGACCACCGAGAAGCGAUUGAGUGAAGCUGAAAAUGGGGAGCCUGCAGCCAAGCGUGUGAGACUUGAUGGGGAUGGCGACGCAAACGGAAGGGAUGCAGCCGUGAAGGAGAAUGCUGCCAAUGGCCAACAAAACAUGACCCCGGCCGCUUCCGAGAUUAAACCAGACAACCGUGUCAAGGGCCAAGCCCCCAUCAAGGCUGAAUAUUUGGUCGAGGUCAUACAGAACAAUGGCCGCGAUGCACGUGAUGAUGGCCCAGACGACGACGCCGCCGAGGGCCGCACUGCGUCUGAGCCUUCAGGCAAGGUCGCUCGCAAGGGCAAAAAGGGCCAGAACCAAGCCCGUGACUUUGGCCGGUCCGCAGACUCUAUCCGUCUGUGCAACAGCCGCAUGCUUUCGAAUGAGUUUUCCCCCAAGCACUGCAGCUUUGGUGACCGCUGCAAUCUGUCGCACGACCUUCGCAAGUACCUGGCCGAGGGCCGUCGUCCAGAUCUCGAGACUUUUGGUGGCAAGUGUCCCAUCUUCGAGGCCCAUGGCUGGUGCAACGCCGGCUGGAAGUGUUUGUUUGUGAGGAGCCACAUGGAGGAGGUCGAGCGCGAGGAUGGCAGGAAGGAACUGGUGCUGCUCAGGGAUCUCACACGCAGCAAGAAGCACGAAGAUGAUGCAGCCAGCGACGAUGGGCCGUACGGGGUUGUGAACACGGUCGCCAGUGCGGACAAGCACCGCAUGGGGCGCAGCAAGGUCGAUCUAAGCAGGUCGAUCGAGUAUAGCAAGUGGAUGGAUGAGUACACGAACCUGGUAAAGCAGUUGCAUAACGCGCGAGUCGACGAGAAGAAGCGUGAGGAGGAGCUUGGCGAGCUUCGCGCCACUUUUGUCGAGCCGCCAUUCAAACCGUCAGAGAAGCGCCGGCUCUAUUUCGGGCGCGAGACGCCCGUACUCGCACCGCUAACGACUCAAGGAAACCUUCCCUUCCGUCGACUAUGCGUCGAGCUCGGCGCCCAAGGAACAUACUCGGAGAUGGCCAUGGCGAAACCCAUCGUGCAGGGCCAGCAGUCGGAGUGGGCGCUGAUGAAAGCCCACGAGUCGGAAAUACAGCCACCGAAAUUGUCUCCCGAGACACUAGCUUCGAACAAGCCGACAAUCAAGGUCUACGACAACAGUAGGGACCUACGUUUUGGUGCGCAGAUCUCGGCAUCUUCUCACCCGCUUGCCAUCAAGGCCGCCGAGUGCCUCACAACCUUCCUCCCCCACCUCAGGCUAAUCGACCUCAACUGCGGUUGUCCGAUUGACAUGAUCUACAAGGCCGGUGCCGGAUCAGCCCUUCUCGAGCAACACAACAAGAUCGAGCGCAUCAUCCGUGGCAUGAACGCCGUGUCGGGCGAGGUGCCCAUCACGUGCAAGCUGCGCAUAGGCGUCAAAGAGAACCAUCCGCUUGCCAAAAAAAACAUUGAGCGUGCCGUGUUCGGCAGCCCAGACUUUAGGGAGCAGCUGGGGGCACCAGGAUGCGCGGCUAUUACGCUGCACGGGCGGACGCGGCAGCAGCGCUACAAGAAGCCGGCGGAUUGGGGCUACAUUGCCGAGUGCGCGGCGCUGAUCCAGAGCUACCGCGACAAGAGGGACGAGCUGACGGACACGGCGCGGGAACCGGAUGCAAGCACGCUCACCCCGUCGUCAGAAGUCUUCUUCCUCGGCAACGGCGACUGCUACAGCCACGUCGACUACUACAGGGCCAUCGACGAGUCGCGCGUCGACACGGUCAUGAUCGGACGCGGGGCCCUCAUCAAGCCUUGGGUCUUUGAGGAGAUCGCGGCCGGCCAGUACCUGGACAAGUCUUCGACGGAGCGGCUGGGCUACAUUGAGCGCUUCUGCAGGUACGGCAUGGAGGCCUGGGGCGCCGACGAGAUGGGCAUCGGCACCACGCGGCGCUUCCUGCUCGAGUACCUGUCCUUUGCUUAUCGCUACGUGCCCAUCGGCUUGCUCGAGCGGCUGCCACCGGCCAUCAACGACCGGCCGCCCGCGUACCGCGGAAGGGAUGAUCUGGAGACGCUCAUGGCAAGCGACAACUAUCGGGACUGGAUCAAGAUCAGUGAAAUGUUCCUCGGUCCGGCACACGAGGGCUUCAAGUUUCAGCCAAAGCACAAGAGUAACAGCUACGAGAUGGAAGCUGAGGGUUAA